GGAGAAUUUCCUUCAAAACAUCACAUUGUGCAGAUAUCACUGGCAGAGAAGAGAGGCAUGUUGUCUGUUUAUACUGUAGUUCUAAUAUUAUAUACAAUAUCAAGAGAAACAAACAUUACAGGGUAUGUGACUCAUCAUGUUUAGACUAAUGACGUGUUUUUUGUCAUUCCACAUGUUCAUGACACUGAAAAAUGGUUCUCAUUCUCUGUGGGUGAAGUUCACCUUUAUUGGAGGAGACACUCCAUUCCCAGAAUUCAGUGCUAUAGUCUUGCUGGAUGAUAUUCAAAUGGGAUACUAUGACCCAAUUAAAAAGAUUGUGUAUAGAGGAGCAAAGAACUCUGACACAGAACCAGACACCUCUGCUGUGGACAUAUACCUUUUUGAACACUUAUUUGAACGCACAUGCAAACACAUGAGGGGCAGAGCAAACAAUUUGAAGAAUUACCUGAACCAUACAAGCAAUGUUUAUGUCUUGCAGCGAUUAACAGGAUGCAAGAUGUUGGAUGAUGGUCAGACAGGGGGUUUAAUAAAUAAAGAUGCUUUCAAUGGGGAGAGUGGAGAUGUUCGUUAUUACAAUCCGCAGCUUGACACUUUUCACACUGACCAUGUGUGGCCUGAAUGUGUGGACAGCAGUUGGCCUUACAACAAUUUUCAGUUUGCACACAUUUACCACCCCACCUGCAUUGGCAUGCUUAAGAAAUAUCUUCUCACUGAAAAAAAUCUGGUCCUUAAAAAAGUGAAACCCAAGGUGAGGCUCCUACAGAAACACGUUCAAGGCUCCACUGUUCUCCUGACCUGUCUGGCCACUGGUUUCUACCCCCGUCACAUCAACUUGACCCUGCUCAGAAACGGCCAGCCUGUGCCUGACCAACGGAUAACUGGGGGGCAGCUGCUACCUAAUGGAGAUGAGACAUAUCAAAUGAAGAAGAGCCUGGAGGUCAGCACAGAGGAGCUACAGCAGCAUCACUACACCUGCAGAGCUCAACACCUCAGCCUGCCCAACAAACUGGAGACAAAUUUGGAACGUGAUUGGGACUCAGUGUCUACCUCCUCAUUGUCCCUUGUGCUGGUUGCUGUAUGUGUGUGCCUUCUUGGAGGUGCUACAGGCAUAAUUAUGUGUUGGACGAAACACAGAGGUGCAUGCUGCAAAAGGAAUAGCUCCUCUGCUACAAACUCAGAGGAAAUGGAGGAGAUGGAGGGCAUCACUGCAGCAGAGUAUGAGAAACAUACCAGCCUUGAGACAUAGUAGAGAGAAGACUAUUAUGACCAAUGGACUGGAUCGAGAACUUGAUAUUUUCUAUGUCUUUGUGCUUCAGGGCCUGUAUUUAACCCUCUGGUUGUGUUAUGGUCAAAAAUGACCGUUUUGAAACUUGAUUCUUAAAUAACUUCUCUAUUUUUUAUCGUACACAAAUGACACUUCAUGAUAUCCUCUAGCUUACCUAUUCAAAUGGUCAAAAUGAAAUAUAAUGAAAUUCCUAAAGAAUUGUGGAAGAUACAUCAACUUGUUACAUUCAUGGUGUUUCGGUCAAAAAUGACCGGACCAUUAACUUACAUCUCCCUAAGUUGUAUACAGUUAUAUUACAUUCACUUUACUCUCAUAGUCAUUUUUGUUAGGCUUUUCAGAAUACAACCAUAUGUGCCACAUUAGUAUAGAUGUUUACAGUUAGUUGAAAUACUUGAAAAAAGUAAAGGUGUUCCAAAUGGCCUGAAAGCCUCUGAGAGGCCCUAGACUCCAGAGGGUUGAUAAAACGAAUUUGUGCAAGAUAAGAAAAAAAGGCCACAAAUCACUAAAGCACAGCAGAAUAACAUUUAAAUCACAUUGGAAAUGUUUCAAAAGGAUGUCUAAAAGGCAUUAAUCACAAAAUAUGCAAAUCAGAUUUUUAAUCAAUGUAUUAUUACCUUUAUGACCGUUAACACCAUGGACGUAACCAUGUUUCUAACACAACCAGAGGGUUAAAAUGUUUUAUUCUCUUGAAGGUUAAGAGUGCUCCUAUAUCAGACUGACCCAUCUAUUGUUCAAUAUGAAAGUCACACUCAUUGGAGACUGGAAUUGAUGCCACUUUGUUGCCUUGGUGACAUGUAGAAUGGAUUAUCUUGGGUGCCAGCUGAAAGUCUUUGUACUAAACUCAGGUGCUAGUUUUAGCGCUAAGUUUGUUUAUAAUCGUGGUGAAAUGAAGUGUAUUACAAGUACCCAGAUGAUGCCCUCAAAACAAAUUAGCCUUUUUUGCACUGAACAGCUGCCAUGUGUGUUACGUUGUUAAAUAUCAGAUCUGUCAAACUGCUGAAUCUCCUUAUCACCCGGUGAGCAGACAAAACGUCUUCUGAUUGCCUGAGCAGGUUUCCAUUAUUCCCCUAUUACGGACACAGUUGUUAUUCGAAAGACGCCAUGUGUAUAACAGACAUGGUUGACUAAAAAAAAUGUCAACACAAUGAACAGUGUUUUCAGUGAUGAAUUGUAUGUUGUUGGUUGGUAAACCAUGAUAUGUCAUAUGGCAACCAUCAUUUUCGUUGUGUGUAACAGAUAUAACGUGAUUUGGAAUGACAUUUCACCACUGGCAGACACAUUCAUCUGUAUCCACCUCAAGAGCUGAUACAGUAUAUUAAAGCCUGCCUGGCAUCCUCCCAUUGUCAUUGUAACAUAGUACCAUGAACCAUGAUACUGCAUUCAUGCCACACUCAUACGAAAGCAGCACCUCAUCAGAGAAUUGUAUUGGAAUGGUAUCAUGCUCAAGGUACUUGACACAGUGAUGGUGGGAGGGUGGGACGGACCUAUUACCUACACUAUCUACUGUGUAAAUAUUGUAGAGUACUUUUAGGUUAACUGUACUAAUACUGUGUACAUUCUGUUGUGUACUGUUAUUUUAUUUUAACAGUUCAAUUGCUGUUGAAAUAUUGUAAUGUAAUGUUAUACAUUAAACAGCAUUAUGCUGCA